UCCAUUGAUGAACAUACCAUCUCUCAAUUCAAAUUCCCUUUCUCAUAUUCACAAUAGUAAGCCUGGAUAGAGCUCCCACCAUGCCUCGAGGAAAGAAGAGGCCGUCCACGGACACCUCGACGCGUCCAUCGAAGCAGAGGCCACGAGGACAACAACAACCCAGCCAACCCUCCCCCACCACCCCCACCACCCCAGACACCAAUGCAGAAAGAUCCCCAGAUACAGAAGCAAUCGACCCCAAUCUCCCCGAAAUGGUCAAAUCGCAACAGCCCACCGGCACCAGAGGGUCUCGCGCACAACUCGCGCUGCAUCUCCCGCCAUUGUCCAACCUUCAAGACAUAUACAAGUCGAUCACGACCGCGGCAUUGGAACUCGACUUUGACAAGGUCAUAGAUCACUUAGGAUCGAGGCCUCUUCGCGUGGUAACGGUCUGUUCCGGGACGGAAAGUCCGUUGUUGGCGUUGGAGAUGGUGCAGACGAAUCUGCGCGAGCAUUUCAAUCGGCAGUUCGAGUUCCGACAUCUCUUCAGCGCGGAGAUAGUCCCUUUCAAGCAGGCGUAUAUCGAGCGGAACUUUCAUCCACCGUUCAUUUUCCGUGAUGUGGCGGAGCUGAAGGAUCGCGUGGCUCAAACCGCAUACGGCUCUCUGGAGAAGAUCCCCAAGAAACCCGACAUCCUAAUCGCCGGGUUCUCGUGCGUAGACUUCUCGAACCUAAACAACCAGCGGAAGACACUGGACCAAAAGGGUGAAUCAGGGGGGACGUUCUGGGGAAUCAUUCGAUAUGCAGCAACCUACAGGCCCCGCUUGGUUGUUCUGGAGAACGUGAAAAAUGCCCCGUGGGAUAAGAUCAAGCAGCACUGGAAGGAAAUCGAUUACUCCGCUGUCUUCCAGGAUGUGGACACAAAGGCAUACUACUUACCGCAGACGCGGGAGCGGGGGUACAUGUUCUGCAUAGACAGGGAAGCGAUGAAGAAACACAACCUCCAUGAUAGCGAUGUGGCGGGAUGGACACAAACUGUCACCAAGUUUAAGCGCCCUGCAAGCUCGCCGGCUGGGAUGUUCUUGAUAGAUGCCGACGAUAGAAGGCUGGAGCAUAUCGAGAAGGACAUGGCAAUGCGUUCGUACUCCACUCGCAAGACAGUUAACUGGGCAAAGUACCAGGUCCGUCAUCAGACCUACCGUCUCAAUAACGCUCUUGGAUACAAACGUCCAAUGAAUAUGAAUUUCUUGCGCAAGCUGGUGGAGGGCUAUGAUAUGAACUUCAAAGAGAGAUGUAUCGAGCUUUCUCAGGGCAUUGACCGUGAAAUCGAUUCGCGUGCAUAUGGAAUCGUGGGCUGCAUCACUCCUUGUGGAAUGCCGUACAUGACAACAAGAGGAGGACCGCUCUGCGGCCUCGAGUCACUCAUUCUACAAGGCUUGCCGCCGGACAGACUUCUGCUGACUCGAGAGACACAGCGUGAGCUGCAAGACCUCGCGGGAAAUGCAAUGAGCUCAACUGUAGUCGGUGUCGCAGUUCUUUCUGCCUUGAUUGUCGGACACAAAGUCCUCGAGAAAGGGGAUCAAUUGCCACCUGAGGAAAGUAUACCUAAGCACAGGGAUGUUCUUCCUCAGAGCGAAUACGCAAUGGUCCCUAGCUCAAUCCAACUCAACCAACUCGGCGAAAUCGAUGUCUCUGAUCUCAAAAAAGAAGCUGCAAGCAGCGCAAGGUAUUGUGAGUGUGAACGGCAGACUGGGGUUCAAACCAAUAUCUCAAAAUGCACCCUGUGUCAUCACACGGCUUGUUCGGAGUGCAGUGGCAAUCCAGCGCAUUCCUACGAACGUUGGAACGACCUAAUUCGUACCAGACCAUUGGAUUUCGUGAGCAAGCUUAGGCACAUCUUGCCAGCCAGAUUAGCGCUCACCGGUCUUUCACGCGAGAGCUAUACAAUUUUGAAGAGCGACGUAUCAGUAAAAUGUUCUCCACACAUGUGGGAAGACUUUUUGGAUGCUAUCUCCCCAGCCAUUGUUGACGAGCUCCGCCUCUUGGACAUCAAACGGAGUGAACUUUGGACCAUUUUGUAUGAAGGCAAAUCCUCCUUUUUGCAGUUGGUGAUCGGCGAUUCCAAGAUCGAGUGGCUUUUAUUCGCAAAAGCGCCCAGCUCCGCACCAGUGCUAUGUCUCGUCCGGGAAAUUCUCUCGAGGCCAAUUGCGCGUAUGACCCCCAAGUCUGGAUCUCUUUUGAACGGUGAAUGGGAGAUCUGCUCUCCUCUGAGCUCCAAGUGCACAUUGACCUUUGCAGGUACCGGGCGUCAAACCGAAUCUUAUGAAGCGAGAUGUGGUCUUCAAACGGAGGAAUUUCUGGACUCCAAAGUUUGGACGCAAAUCCAGGUUCAGGGCUCUGACGACCAAUUGACGGGUUUGGAAGUAGAUAUCUGUGGUACCUAUGAUCUCCUGCCAGAAUGUGGAACGGCGAGUGCUUGUUUGCAUAAGAAGCUAGCCCGAGAAGACGAGCCUCCAGUGUAUCUGUUUCUUGACCCGACCAAGCUCGGGAAACCGCAGAACGACUCUUUUGUUUUUGCUGUGGGGCAUCAACGUAUCCCUGGGUACACGAGAAGAACGACCAUUGCCGAAGUAUCACACGCCUGGCGUUCUUCAUCAGUGACUGAGCACCCGAAGCCUGUUGAUAUCUAUUUCCGCCAAUGGGCCAAGGCUCCAGCUGUCACUUUGGGCCUUCAUGCCACGGAUGCUCUCAUCACGUGUCGUAAUUUGGCUGCAGAUAACAGCAUCGCAGUUCGCCGCUCAGGGUGCCAAAGCGCUAAUGUGACCUUGCUCUCACUCAGGGUCCCAGGAACGAUCAUUGAAGCCGCCUGGGAGAAAGACCUGUGGGAGAUCAUAGACCCAGUAGACUCACCAUCCUCGCUCAAAGACCUUUGUUGGUUAUUGCAAAAGGUAGCAGGCAUUUCGGAGUUUCAGGACUGGAAUGAAGUCGUCGACUACCAGAUCUCAGGUGAGCACGACGGUACUGCGUGCACUGUCUGUGUACCGCCGAAGCCACGACUAUUAUGGGGCCGUAACCGAAGGGGGUGGAUUAAUGCGUAUGAGGACACACAUGACGCUGCUCGCUAUGAACGUCAGGUGAAGGCCAAGCCGCCUCCUUUCUUGAUAUUUCGACGGAUGAAUGAGCAAGGCUUUGCUGAUUUGCGCGUCACACUCAACAUUCAAACUCUCUUUCAUCGGGCAUAUGACAAGUUGGCCGGAUCCAGUGCGACUGGGGGGGCCUCUUUCCAGUGGCGCCUGGUGUCCAACUCAUAUGACACAAGAAAUAUCCUAUUCCCCAAGUUUAAUCUUCUGAGCAACAGAAACGACCCUCAGUCCUGUCAGCCACCAGGAUUCGUCCAAAAGUUACGGCCAGAGCAGCUGCGAUCCUUAUCGUGGAUGAUCGAGCAAGAGCGACCCGACACCCUGCCUUUUUUGGAAGAGGAAAUAGAGGAGGCCCUCCUUCCGUCAUUGAUGUGGCGUGCAGAAGGACGAGUCGCCCUUCCAAAGACAGUCCAUGGAGGUAUUUUAGCAGACGAUGUUGGAUAUGGAAAAACCGCCAUCAUGUUGGGUUUGAUGGACAUGCUGCACGAACACAAUCAACUGUCAGUGCCAGAGGCUAUUGGAGGCUUUAUACCCGCAAAGGCCACUCUCAUUGUGGUGCCCCACAUCAUGCUACAGCAAUGGCAGGCGGAGAUUAACAAAUUCCUGGGAGCCAAAUACUCUGUUUUGGUGUUUUCAUCCGCAUUAUCGUUCAGGAAGGUUUCGAUUGGUGACGUUCUGAAUAGCAAUAUUGUACUGGUCUCUUGGUCGGUUUUCAAUAAUCCAGGAUAUUAUGAAAAACUGCAGAAGCUCACCGGCACUCCCCGGGCUCCAAAAACGGCGGGACGCAAUUUUGACGCUUGGUUCAGUGAGGCACAAGCCUCACUCAAAGAGCAGGUUCAAAUUUUGAUGAGCCAGGGUCCGAAUGCUUUGCUCAGUUCAAUAUGCGCCAAGCGACAGACGAUCAAAGAUUCGCAGGCUAACUUCACAUAUGUCCCAUCCAAGCGCCUGAGAGGUAAGCAGUACGCUAAUGGUAACAACACUUGGCAAUCUGUAGUGGGUGAGGUACAAUAUGCCGAGAUAUCCAGCGCGGACGAAGGGCCUGAGCCAGACUAUGAUCAAGAUACCGACGCCUUAAGGGCCAAGACGGAUCAAUGCCUCAGACUUCGACCAGAAAGACCUGUUGCCGAGGAAAAGGGGCCGAGUCCGGGUGCUGGGACAGAAUCAGACAUUGACUCUCAGCCUGAGAACUCGUCGACUGAAAUAAAACCAGGCCAGCAAGGCCCAUACAGCGGUCAAAAAAGAAAUAGACAGAACAAUUCGGCGGCCUGUAAGAAGUAUGAAAAGCGCUGGGACGAUCGGAAAGAGUUCAAUAUCGACGAACGCGAGGGUCAGGAUUGGAGAAGAGUCAAAACCCCUUUAUUGCAUGCUUUCUCAUUCAAUCGUCUCGUCAUCGACGAGUUCACGUAUGCAAAUCCCGAGAGACUCGCCCCCCUCGUUGCCCUCAAAGCUCGGUCGAAAUGGGUUCUUUCUGGGACUCCGCCAUUGAACGAUUUCGCUGAUGUCAAGACUAUUGCACCAUUUCUCGGGGUUCAUCUGGGAGUCGACGAUGACGAUAUCCAGUCUCAAAACAAACGUCUUAAAUUUCUCUGCAUACAGCGAUCUGCCGCGGAGAAGUUCCAGUCAUUCCGGCCUCCUCGUAGUGAGGCGUGGCACCAGCAUCGACACGAGAUCGCCCAAAGGUUUUUGGACCGCUUUGCUCGCAAGAAUGUCGCUGAGAUUGAUGAAAUCCCAUUUUCUGAGCACAUCAUUCUGAUCCGCCCUUCGCCAGCCGAGCGGGCAAUCUACCUUGAGCUGUACAAGCAACUGAUGACGUACAACCGUAAGCUUCGUCGUAGCGGCAAGGGACGAUUCAGCAGUGAUCAAGUGGAGCGAGUAGACAAGAUCAUUGGCAGCAGUACGACAGCCGAAGAGGCGCUGCUCAAGCGCUGCUCGUCCCUUGCCCUCCAGGGACGUUGGGACAAGGAUGGUAAACCAGAAAUAACAACCUGCACAUCGCUCAUCGCGAUCCGGGAGAAACAGCUUGCCGAUCUCAAGGAUGACAUGGUGAUGAAGCUGAAGCUAGCAGCAUGGAUCUACUGCGGCCGCGAUCUCAAAUAUGAAAGUUUCCACAAGUUCAUUGAGAGCGUAAUCCGAGACGACUUUGGAGACAUGACCGUUACUCAAGAAGUCUACCCUCUUCUUAAAACGGCCAUCCUGCGCUCCAAGAGCGAUGACUGGAAGUAUUUCUUUGCCGCCACCGAAAUUGUAUCGUCAGAUCUCGAAGGAAGAGUGCCGGAUGCAGAUUCUGAAAAAGAAAACGAGGAUAUUGGCGCUCCUGAAUCCUCAGAGGACGAAGACUCGACACCUUCCUCCGCGAAGAUGGCAAAGUUAUCAGUCGAUAAAGCUUCCCAGUUCAAAGCCAAGAGGAGUAAAUCUACCGGCAAAAGCAGCGGCAAGGAUGACGAUGCAGUGCUUCCCAAAAGGCCCGCUCAUGUGCGAGAGUUCGAGCCAGUGCUGCGGGAGGUCACCACGACAGUCCGCAAUCUCGUCGUGGAAUGGGUCCUGCGCGAAAGGGCGCUGCGGUUCCUGAGAACCAUCCAUCUUGUGCAAACUGGCAGCGGAAUCAUCCAAUGCCAUAGCUGCUUGAGCCAGGUGGAGAAACUCGAGAAUAUGAGCAUUCUGGGUUCAUGUGGCCACGCACUCUGCUCAACAUGCAUCUCACAAACAACGCAGACAGAAGAAUGCUGUGUCGACGGAUGCCGUGGCUCCGGCAAGCGAUUCAAUAUCAUCAAGGCAACGACUCUCGGACGAGACGAAGAGGACAGAAGCACAGAAUACGGCGGCAGCAAGAUGGACAAACUGGUCGAAGUCAUCCGCAACAUGCCCAGCGGCGAGCGAGCACUGCUCUUCAUCCAGUUCCCUGAGCUAAUGGAAGUCGCUUCCAAAGCACUGAGUCUCGCCAAGAUCAAGCACACUGCCAUCUCGGCCACGGACCGCAGGUCAGCGCAGGAGAUCGAGCGGAUUCAGAAGACCCGAUUCGGGGAAGAUAAAGUGUUGAUCUUGAACCUGGGAGGCGAGACAGCAGCUGGAUUGAACCUGCAGAGCGCCAACCACGUUAUCUUCCUCUCGCCUUUGCUCUCGCAGACCCAGUACGACUAUGACUCCCUGAUGACCCAAGCCAUGGGCCGGUGUCGACGAUACGGACAGACCCGACACGUCCACAUCUACCACCUCCUGACCAAAUGGACCGUUGACGUGAACAUCUUCCAGGACCGUCGCGAGCAGGUUCUGGUCGAGAGAGACGGACUGCCCGUGCUGGUGUCCCGAGAUGAAGCCGUUGAGACCGAUUCCAUCAGCUGUGAGGGGCCGUCAUUGGUCGUAGACAACGCUUUCUGA